AUGGCGGCGUCCGGGAUGGUCUGGCCUCUCGUGCUCCUCGGGCUACCAGGCGCGUCCUGCAUGCAGCUCGCGACGAGCAGCUGGCGCGAGCAUGUGGCCGCCAACGCGACGUCCGCGCAGUCGAAGCGGGCGGAGUGCAGCGCGGGGCAGGUGGGCCAAGGCUGCUGCACGCCACUGGGAGAUACCGCGUCUUCGUGGUCGUUCGUUUCGUAUGGCGCGCAUGGCUCUUGGUCCAGCACCCCAGCGUUCAUCCGCUUCGACUUCCACGACGAUACCAUCUGCGGUGGCGUGGCGAAUGCCAGGCAACACGGGAGCGCAGUUCUCACCUUGAACGACGCUUCGCCCAUCGACCUGACCCUUUCGAUGACCGGCGUGGCGGAG